UGCACCUAUAUUGGGUUUGCGUUUGGGUUUAGGUGUUAAGUUCGGGUUCAGGGGAAUUGUCAAACAGUUGAGAUUCAUUCAUUUCAAUCUCUCGACUCCUUACUCCUUCGUUUCCACAGCGCGAACAAAGUAGAGCCGCUCAAUCUAGAGGCACUUAUCUGAAUGUCUGAUUCAACGGUUGAGAUGUUGAUUCCGCCGAAGGCGAAGCCAGAAAUGCCCAGCCAGAGUGAAAAUGAAGAUAGUACUGAUUCAACAGUUGAGAAGGCAAAGCGAGGAAGACAUAGUGAAGGUGAAAGUGAGAGUGAGAGUAAAGUGAACAAUGACAGGCUUAGUGAUUUGCCCGAUUGCGUUCUGCUUCACAUUUUGUCAUUUGUGAAAGCCAGGAAUGCAGUUCAAACUUGCAUAUUAUCCACAAGAUGGAAGGAUCUAUGGAAAAGUCUUCCUUCGCUCAUUUUACUUUCCCCAGACUUUUCGACAUUGAAGAUUUUCACCAAAUUCGUGUCUAAGCUUUUGGAACUUCGUGAUGGCUCACUCCCGCUGCACAGCUUUGAUUUUGAGCGUCAUGGUUCUAUUGAGUAUAUUGUCCACAGACGGGUAGUAGACUAUGCUUUGUCACAUAAUGUUCAGCGAUUGGCAAUGACUGUGGAAUAUGACUAUUGUCACGUCGCUCGCAUUUUUUCAUGCCAGUCUUUAACAUCUCUUAAGCUUUCCGUUCACCCUAAGCAAUAUAAUACUUUUAGCACUUCAUUUCCAAUAUCUUCAUGUCUGAAUUUGCCAGCAUUGACCAGCUUGCAUCUGGUUGGUUUCACCUUCCACGGGAGUAACAAUGGCCAAGUUGAGCCCUUUUCGGCCUUUAAGAAGUUGCAUAGUUUGAUCAUUCGCAAUUGUACCGUUAAGAAUGCACAAACCUUCUGCAUAUCAAGUACAACACUUGUCGAUGUAACUAUGCGUACUCCUUUUGGGGACUUUCACAAAAUUGAGCUCUCUGCACCAAGUCUUCAAAGGUUUGAUUUUACUGGCUCCUCUCCCUAUAAGCGGCUUUGUGGGAGCAGUCUUUCUUCUGUUAAAGAAUUAAGUAUCGAUGCAUAUAUGGGCUCAUAUUCCCCAGAGCCUCCUUUGGUUCUACUCAGCUGGCUGGAAGAGCUUACUAAUAUCAAAUCAUUGACAGUCUCUACAAAUACUCUUCAGGUUCUCUUCUUAAUUCCUGACUUAGUGAACCGUAAGCUCCCAUUCUUAAGUAACCUGAAGUCAUUGAAAGUUAAAGUGCAGCGACUUUCAUAUAUUCUUAGAAUGACAAUGAUAGCUGCGAAGAUACAGAAAGCCACUACUGCGUCACGGAGAGAAGCUGCCAGGUUACGGAAAGAAGCUAAAUACUUAGGGAAAACAAUAUAUGAGCGUGCACCGAUACCUGCUGGAAUAGUGGACUUUUUGCUUCAAAACUCACCAACAGCAAAAGUUGAGACCAAAAUGUGCUAAAGGACCCUCUGGUUGAACUUUCUAAUUCUUCAGACACAGACAUUGACAUUCCUGGAAACUUUGAUUAGAAGGUACCAAGAGAUUAAUCACCUCGGGGAUUUUAUACAGUCCCUCUGUAAUAUACUGUCCAUGUACUAAUGAGAUGCAACCUACAAGCAGGGAUAGGAGACAGUUAAGAAAAUGUUGGUUAUGACUGAAUUUAACACACAAAUGGAAUGACGAUUACUGACGAGCAAGUGUAGAGAAGCUCUGCUGUUCCCGCCUAAUAACAUUAAGUUGUCUGCAAUAUUGGUGCUGGUAUAAGUGGCAAAAUAUCUUUUAUGCUACCUUAACCUUCCAGCCAAUUAAGCUUCUUGUUCAAUUUACUUGCAAAUUUGCCAUAUUAUGUGCAAUUUUAUGUUUGUCUAAAUCUUUGCCUACCAUCGAACCUCGGCAGAAUGUUCAUCCAUGUGUAGCACAUUUCUCGUUUCAAUUAGGUUUGUCCAUUUGUUUAUGUUUAAUAGAAUUAGGUUUCUUAUAAUAAAAAGUAGAAUAGAAUUGCGAUUGAGAGAAUUAAUUUGUU